UGGAGCUGCAGAACAAAUCGACGGUUUAUCCGACUGACGCAUUCAACACGGAAGUUGUUGAGAACAACUUUUACCAUGCUGCUGUUGUUUCUGUAGGUGAUGCGCUCAAUUCACCAAAGAAACGCCGAGUAAGCAUUAGCGGAACAGUCCAGUCUGUGUCGCCCAGAAAAGUUGGCACUAAUUGGUCGCGGAGGGAUGUCACUAUCUCAGAUGGGACUGGUUCUGUUGUUUGCAAGCUAUGGAAUGACUACGAUUCCAUUAUGGAUGAAAGUAAUAAGAGGGAAGUCGUCAGAUUGAGGAACAUGGUCGUUGACAAAUGGGGGCAAGAUACUUCCCUGCAAAAUACUCUCGAGACCGAACUGGAGGGUGUCCCCAACGUGGAGGAAAAUGUAGUCAUCACCAUACUUGCUAAGCAUGAUCGUGACCUGCUCGUCAUGAAAACUGAAGGUGACAACGCAGAAGAAUUCACCAUAAGGGAUGGUAUCUUUGUUCCAGUUUUGCUGGAUUUCCCAGUCGAGGUUAAUGUAAGCAUUGAUGGGAAGGUGGUGACUGAAUUUCACGAGUAAUUAAGCGAAGGAUGUGAAGGUGUCGAGAAGACAACCAGGACGCCCGAGUGGAGGAAAAUGUAAUUAUCAGCAUACUUCCUAAAGAUGAUUGUGACUGAUCGUCAUGAAGAAAGGUGAAUGUGACAAUGCAGAAGAAUUCGCCAUCGAGGAUGGUGUCGUUGUUCUGGAUUUGUUGGAUUUUCUUAGAGGAUCUCCCUAACGUGGAUGAAAACGUAAUUAUCGCUAUACUUAUCGUUGUCUACUUUUCAUGAAAGGUGAACAUGACAAUGCAGAAGAAUUUGCCAUCAAGGAUGGUGUCGCUAUUCCGGAUUUGCUGAAUUUUCGUCCUGGAUGUGCCCAACGUGGAUGAAAAUGUAAUUAUCGCCAUACUUGCUAAAGAUGCUCAUGAUCUGCUGUCAUGAAAGGUAAAGGUGACAGAAUUUGCCAUCAAGGACGGUGUCGUUGUUCCCGAUUUGCUGAAUUUUCUUCCUGGAUGUGCCUAUUGUGAAUGAAAACGUAAUUAUCGCUGUAUUUGCUAAUUAACAUGACUGUGAUCUGCUCAUUUGCAACAUUUGUAUCGUGUAGUAGACCCUU